GGCCUUUAUGAAAACAUACAGAAUCGAAUGAGUGUUUUCGAAACGAAAAAAAUAAAAUCGACUUGGAAGUGAGAAAAAGGAGGCGCGCAGAAAAAUAUUCUGCAGAAGUUCCAUAUACACUAGUAUUAACUAUUGACUAUCGAGUCGUAAACAAUUUCUGAGAGGACCGUUGUGAAUUUCCGAAAAAAGUGAGAACUCUUGUUUGUGAUUAUCUCUCGUUCGCAGCUCCUGAGCUUUCCACCAAGUGCAGUGACGUUGAAUGGAGGAGUCAGCCGACGGCAAGGCCAAGAAGGCUGGGGCUCGCCUGUGCUGCCUCUGUCAUCAGAAAAAAGCUGUCCUGAAGAGGCCCAAAACCCUAGAGCAGAUUUGCAGGGAGUGUUUCUAUGAGGUAUUUGAGGAGGAGAUCCAUCAGGUAAUUGUCGAAAACCAGUUAUUUAAGCCUGGUGAGCGCAUUGCCCUUGGCGCCUCUGGUGGGAAAGAUUCCACUGUCCUUGCUUAUGUGUUAUCGGAAUUGAAUAGGCGGCACAAUUACGGCCUGGAUCUCUUCCUGUUGUCAGUGGAUGAGGGCAUUACUGGCUACAGGGAUGAUUCUCUUGAGACCGUCAAAAGAAAUGAAAUCCAGUAUGGGUUGCCGCUAAAAAUAGUCUCGUACAAGGAUUUGUAUGGGUGGACCAUGGAUGAAAUAGUUAAGAUGAUUGGUCUCAAGAAUAAUUGCACCUUCUGUGGUGUUUUUCGUCGUCAGGCCCUCGAUCGCGGUGCUGCAUUGUUGAAGGUAGACAAGCUCGCUACUGGACAUAAUGCAGAUGAUAUUGCCGAAACAGUUCUGUUGAACAUAUUACGAGGUGACAUUGCAAGAUUGAGUAGAUGCACUUCAAUUGUCACUGGUGAAGAUGGGCCAAUUCCAAGAUGCAAACCUUUUAAAUACACUUAUGAGAAAGAGAUUGUUAUGUAUGCAUAUUUCAAGAGGCUGGACUACUUCUCCACCGAAUGCAUUUAUUCACCCAAUGCUUAUCGUGGUUUUGCUCGCGAGUUCAUCAAGGAUUUGGAAAGAAUCAGACCUAGAGCCAUUCUUGACAUCAUCAAAUCAGGAGAGAACUUCAGAAUUUCCACUUCUACAAAAAUGCCAGAGCAGGGGACAUGUGAACGGUGUGGUUACAUUUCAAGCCAGAAAUGGUGUAAGGCCUGUGUUUUGCUUGAGGGGCUGAAUAGGGGUUUGCCAAAGCUGGGAAUUGGACGGACUCGUGGACUUAAUAACGAUGAUAAGAAGGAUACAAAGAAAACUAAUGGAACCAAAAGCAUCGAAAGCAAACAAUGUGGAACUUUGGACUUCUGAUAUAACCUGCAAGGCUAUUGUAUAAAUGUAUGAUAGUCUCAGUAUGGCCAAGGGAAGUAUUUCAAGACCAAAAUGAGUACUUCAAUGUUCCAUGUGGCUAUUGUGACGAGACGAGAAUGAUAAAGACACCCGAAAGAGUUGCAAGAGGAGCGGACAUCAUCUUUCCUCAUGGCCGGAUAAGUUACAGAGUAGAAAGACCGGUGGAGAUUCCAUAUUACCUGUAAUUUGACAAUAUUGCAAGAAAUUCUUUUCAACUCUUGUAACGGUUUUGAUGUAGUGGUUAAAAUUACUUCUUUUUCCGUAUCGGAUCGUAAGAGGCCUGAGGUGUUUUGAACUUUACAAACUCUAAUUAUGUAAUUUUGGUUUGGGCCCACGAGUAUUUGAAGACCAAGUUGUACUUGUA